UUUUCUUGGACUUCACCAUCCCUAGAGUUUCUAUGUAAUGCUGACCCUCUGUAUUAUCCAAUAAAGGCUGUUUGGUUUCGUCACGGUGUGCCAGACAAAGAGCAUUCUGAAUCCAGUGCCUUUCAGCUGCCAUGGAGCCGAGGAGCAACCCCAGCAACGCCCAUGGCCUCGCUGCCACAACUCGUCCGUGAGCGGGAGCUCUCUGCACCACCUACGAGGGGCAAAGCACGAGACGCCCAAACCGUGCGCUCAAAGAGCUUUGAUGCAAACAGGAGGCUUCCGGCAGUGGCUUCCGGCAAAGAGGUCCAAGGACGUGUAGUAGCACUAGCAGAAGAAGAAGAAGAAGAAGAAGAAGCAGCAGAAGCAGCAGCAGUGUGUCUAGGCCCAAGCCAUACGCCUAGAGAUCUUCCAUCAGGGUCAAAGCUUCGGCCUCACCCAAGCUUCCAGGCAUACGAACCCAGCGAGGAGGACUUAGAGGUAGCGUGGCGGGCACGUCCAGCCGCAACACCAGAGGACUGCCGGAAAGAAGUGGUUCUUUUGGAGUUCUUUGGCAUCGCCGCUCAGGAAGUGUUGUCAACCUUCCAUGUGCAAUUCACGGAGGUUCGAGAAGGUGACCUGAAGCCCAAGGCUGCGGCUGCCAGUCGGGCCACCUUCAACUCUUUUGAUGCACUUGACCUGACGAACGCUGUAGGUCGUUCAUCUUCUAAGACGAGCCAGGCAAGCACCCCUCGGACUCCUCGUGAGGCCAAGGGAAGAGAGAAAGCUCUUAACAGCCUCAAGCGAAGUGCGUCAGGUUGCUCUGAUCGGUCUGAAAGCGAUGGUUGGGUGAAUGCCAUUUGCUGGGCGGUUCCUGUGAGGAGGAACUCCAUGAGGGGACCUGUUUGCUCAGCUCUGUUGGCAGCUGUUGUUGUUCCAAUGGAGCCUGGCGGUGCUUGCCAGAAGCAGUGCAGACUCCUCUACAAGUCCAAGGAUUGGGUCAAGUGGGGCUUGGCUGUGAGAAAAGAUCCUCCAAACUGGCUGGGACAAGUGUCGAUGCCGAUCCUGUUAGGGCUUGAGAAGCCAGUGGUGAUGUGUAGCCUGGUGAGGUCAGGCAGUGACGGUCUAUCUCACAAACUGGUGCUUCAUUGGUCGGUGAGAGAGGCAAGCAAUAAGAUCUUGCUUUGCUUGGGCAGCCUGUUGUGGCAAUAUCGUUGGCGCUGGUGCCAUGCAGAAGAUGCCAACGCAUGGUCCCUGGGACCCAUCAAAAAGACCAGUGCUUUGGAGUGGGGUAGCUACUGCUCCGCUCCACUGAUCGGUGAUUGGACUCCCGCCACGGGUGGUGCGGUGGAAAUAUCUCUCCGCUACAAGGGGAAUUCCAUCGAAUUCCCUAAUUCUUCGGCCACCAGACAGCACUUGAGCCUGUCCUGUUGUGCCUGGAGUGAUUGGAGCGACAGCACUGGGCCGACAGAGCUGAAGAUUUCGCCACCACGACCGCAGGAAGAGGAUUUGAAGGUUUGCAUGGAUGACCACAACCCUUGUAAAGCGAGUCUCACUUGGCAUGCAUUUGUGGCUGAAGUGGGCUAUUCUUUGGACUACCGGGUGCUGUUGAAAUGCGAUGAUCGUGUACGUGAAGACUGGGAAUUGGUAGGCUGGUGGGAGGGUGAUGCUGGUAGAGCAGAGGCCUUUGUUCAGGCCCUUUCUGAUUUGAAGCCCAGUCAAACUUAUUCAGUGCGUGUCGAAGCUCGAUAUGCUGGGGGCGGAGGUUGGUCAGAGGGCUUGAUGACGAGCUUCCAGACCCUCCACACAUGGCAUGACCUGGAGCCGCUGCUCUCCGCUCCCGAGCUCUUGCCCCACCCAGACGUCACCAAGCGUGCUGUGCUUCUUCCGGACAAGAACGUCGAGCUGGAGUGGGCUGCUCCAGGCCAGCGGUGGGAAAAGCUGUCCUUCACCACGAUGGAUGGCAUCGCAUCCUUUGACGUUGUAAAGCUCCAAUACAGGCUUGGGAAAGAGGCUGAUGCAUGGGUCCGUUGGACUUCACACGGGAUACCUGGAGAGAUAGCUUGGCUUUCGACCGGUUUGGAGGUGCCCACCAUUACAUCAGCAGAGCUGCAGCCAAGCAAUGGCGUUGAGUUGUGUUUCGCGAACAGGGAGGCCGCCGAUUGUUACCAGAUCCGGUGCCAGGAGCCCAGUGGCCACUUUGCCAAUUUGGACCCGAAGGUGCUUGGAAGGGAGGAGGAAGUCAAAGCUGUCCUGGGACCAACGAAGGUGUCAGGUCGCAGCUUCUGCGUACGCCUGGGUUGUGAUGGUGGCUUUUGGUCUCAGUGGUCUCCAUGCUCAACGGUUACUGCGCGGCCUCGACCAGGUCCCAGGCCAGAAAGCCUGCAUGCGAGUUCUCCAGGUUCUGCCGUCUUCGUCCCCGAUGGCUAUGGGCCUGGGUUCGGUGCCAUUGUGACUGAGACCGCCAAGGGCACCACCAUGAAGCUCUCUUGGGAAGGUUUUGCUUCACAUGGUCAGCCGAUUGGGUAUCACUUGAAGCUGUCCCCUGGCGCCGAAGCAACCGAGGAAUUCUUUGAAGCAAGACGAUGUACAGUUUCGACUCAUUUGGGACUUCAGCAAUGCGAAGUGCUGCUGAACCAAUUGAUGCCCAACACUGAGUACUCUGCAACCGUGUAUGUGGAUGGGGGAAGGGACGACAAAGCCCAGAUCUCCACAACCUUCCGAACAGGAAGUUGGAACAGUGACAUGCUGCGACCCUUGAUGCCUCCACGGCGAAUGCGUGGGCUGGAGCGUGGAGAUGCUCUGAGGAAUGUAUCUUUCCAGAAGUCCCAGAUCUUGCUAGACCCGCGCAUGUCCCUGAAGGGCCCCGGGGAUCUCUAUGUCUAUGAACUCCAGUGGCGGCAUGUAAACGGCCUAUGGACUGCUGUACGGUCUCUCAUCCUGUCCCAGGAGCCAGAGGCGGAGAUGGUUCAGGCUGAAUGGAUGAUGGCCUCAGAUUUGGAUGGCUUUCAGGACUUUGAACAAGUGGAGCUCCGCAUGGCCUUGAAGGAUCCUGUGGCCCGAGUCUUUUUCCCAGAGUGCCUCUGGCUGUCCGAAGCCUCUGCUCCUAUGACCAUAGGCUUCAAAGCUCCUGGAGAAGUAACGGCCAAACUGACAUGGUCGAAUGCAGAACUCUUCAUUGAAGUUCCACUGUGCGAGUGGACCCAGGAGCUUUUUGAUGAGAAGAAGGUAACUCAUUGCCAAGUGAAAUUCCAAGGCCACCCAGUUGGUGGCAGUGCAGUGACAAGUCGUCCGGUGAGGUUCUGCUCUGAAGCUAUGGACGUUUCGGAACUGCAUUAUUUGGAUCGCAGGAGCCCCGUGACCGUGCUGCUGCCAAUCCUAUCCUUACCCUUUGAGGCCAAUUUCGCAUAUGUGGCCUCUUUGCGCAUUGGUGAUGAUCAGCUGUGGUCGGACUGGGGUGACUUUGGUAAUCGUUCGACGGCUGUGGUGACUUCUUUGCCUCACAUUUGGUCCAAAGACGGGGAAAUUGUAGCCACAACACCCGUGAACUGCAAGGCAAAGCUCGACUGGGCUCAGCUUUGUUGCAGCCUGGGAGCUGUGCCGUUGGAAGUUGUCAUCAGCCUUGCCACUAGUGAAACUUCCAGUUUGUCAUCCAGUGCGCAAACCGGUGGACAGUGCUGCGAAAGAAGCCGUGAAAGGCUUGUUGCCAUGACCAGUUGCACAAGUUGCCCCUCGGACAAGCUCCCACGAGGGCCUUCUGGGCCUUCUCUCCGGGACAGGCUGGAAGUUGCUGUGAAUGGAUUUGAUCCAGGCACUGCGUAUCAGUUCAUUCUCUAUGCACGUGCCCAACUCCCUGUUCUGGGUGGCAUGCGCGAAGGGGAAAGCUUGUUGACGCUGGGUUUUACAGAAGUUGCACGGUCUAAACACUUUCAAUGGCCAUCCCGUCUAUCAGAGGAGUGGUCUUGCAUUGUUGAUUGGUCAUUGCCGCUGCCACUGCAAGUCCUGAUCCCUGACGAAGAGCUAGAAUCUAGCAGUCAGCGGUGGCAUGGGCGUGCUGUGCUGCUUUCUUGGCCUUCAGGAGCACUGCAAUUGGAAGUGAGAGAGGAGACGCAGAAUGUACAUCAGGUCUUUGGCUGGCAAAGCUGCCGCAUGAUUCAUAUCCGGCUGUUUGGAGUCGACUAUGCCGCAGCCUGUGAGCUGCCCUCUGACCUGGUACGUUUUCGUUGGCGUCGUGAGGCUGCGGCAGCGCCGGGGCCUUGCAGCGACGUCUGCGUGGCCCGUGUGGCCGUGCCCAAAGUCACAGCAGAGCUCGUCGCACCGGGUGUUUCCGGGCCAGGACGGCUGCGGGUGCGGCUCCGGGUCGAAGGUGGCAGUGAGGCGGUUCUCUGUAGGAUUCGCUACAGGGAUGUGCAAGGCGAACAGGGCGAACAAGGAGAUGAGAGAUCUUGGAAGUUCUUGGCACCGCGUCCUGUGUCCAGUGCGAAGUUUACCGUGGAAGUCGGGGAAGACCAUUUGAAGCAAGACACCAGCUGCGUCUUCUCUGUGCAGCUCUUGUCACGUUGCCGUCGUUCGCAAUGGUCUCCAGAGACUUCACCAAUUGAGAUCAAGUCACCGAAGCUGGAGGAGAAUCCGGGAAUGCUCUCCAUCACUGCAAGAAACUCCACUUCUGUCACAAUCUCUUGGGAGCUGCAGCAACUGCAAGCUUCAAUGACUGUGGCACAGUCACUGCAGCUUGAGUUCCGGCUUGAUCUCUUCAAGAUCUCUGAAGAAGCUCCCCCGGAGCAUCGAACAUCAAUACUCAUCGAAGGUGAAGGCAACAAACAGCCAGCCUGCGAGGCAAAAGUCUUCAACCUAUGGCCAGCCACUGAAUAUUCUGCGGAACUCUUUGCGCGCUGUGUGCGCCCUUGGACUCGCAGGUGGCAACCAACCGGACUUAAGUCCCACUUCAUCACCCCAGUGUGAAAGAUGGACCUCUCGUGAUUCUCUUGGCCAAAGAUGUCAA